UCGAGCGUUAUAGUCGCGAGUUCGGAUCAAAAGGACACUGGGCGAGUGCAGAGCCUUCAAAGUGGUACCAACAACAAAUGCCUCAAUAUUACAGCCAAUGCUAGAAAGUGGAAAUCCCAGCGAAAUCAUAACCAAAAAUAAAUAUAUUCUGAAAAGUUAAAAAAAAAGAAGACCAAUGAACAGAGAUAAUAAGAAACAAAAUAGUAAGCGAAAGGCGAACCAAGUUUGUAGCAUACUUUUUUGGGUUUACGUCAUGUUUGUCUACGCGAACCGCCAUUUGUGCUUGUGUGCUUGAGUCCGCACACAAACACACACACCAUUAUGUCGCCUGUAUUCGUGCCUGUCUCUGUGCCUGUGCUUGUGUUUGCAUCGGUGUCUGUGAGCCAGAAUGCAUGCCAAUCAGAAUCAGAAUCCUGAGUCCUGAAUCCUGAAUCAUCGACUGUCCAAACAUCGUGCAUUGCUUUUGUCCGCCUGGGCUAAUUAGCUGCAGGUAGCAGGUCCUUGUGCCGUUUUACCUUCAAGCUAAGCAAAAACGUAGUAACUGAACAAAAGAAAAAGCAUCCAAAAUCAAAAGUCAAAAUCAAAACCCAAACCAGACAAACAUAAAUGUAAAUUGGUAUGCAAAAUAUAAACUGAACAAGCGUUGUCGAUGCAACAGCUAAAAACAACUACAGUUAAAAACUAAUACAAGAACAACAAUAUAAACAACAGCAACAACAACAACAACAACAACAAAAGCAAGCAACAACAAUAAAACAGAACAGAGUUACAGCAAGAACAAGAACAACAACAACCGCUGCUAGUAGAUAUUAUAAAUAUAUAUACAACUAAAAAAAAAACGUACAACAUUAUGUAAUAUUAACAUUUUUUGUCGAGGCACCCAAGCAAAGUAAUAUUUUGCAACGUAGACUCUUAGGCGUGGCACACAAGAACACAACAGCAACAUCUACAACAUCUGCAACAUCAGCAACCAGAGCAAUAAAUAUACAACAUCCAUCCGAAACCGCAAACAUCCAACAAACCACCAUCGCCACCGCCACCACCACGAACCACAUGAGCCUGAACAAGAUCAAGAAGCGGGACGCGAGCGACUUAUGACUGAUGCGCUCCAAGGGCAACGUCGGCGUCGGCGUUGGCGUCGGGGUCAAUGUCGGCGUCGCCGUUGGCAGCGGCAGCCGGUACAAGGUGACCGCCCGCUGUGUACCGGAAGUGAGCAUCACGUCGCCAACAUCCGGCGCCAUUCAGCCCCAGCCACAGCCACAGCCGCAGCCCAAGCACUUUGCCCUGCUACGCAGUCGCUCGCAACCGUCACCGCCGACGUCGUCCACGUCUAACAGCCUUUUCUCCACGCCAGGCGGGGCCACUCUGGUCGAGGAAGAGGAUUUCAGCUUGGCCAGCGGCAGUGGCACAGCCAAAAACGUGCUCCAGCGCCAGCUGGCCACCACCAUCCAUCAGGAGGAUCCGGAUCUGGAGCAUCCCGUGCAGCAGGACCAGCACAGCAAGUUGCCUGAGCCGGCGGAACCGCCCAAUGAGCUCACUCCGCUGGUGGAGGAACCCAAUUCCAUAGCACCAGCGGCAGCAGCAACAGCAGCGGCACAUCGCUACAGCCACAACUCGAAGACCACGCGCUCCUGGCCGGUCAUCUAUCGCAAUCCUCAUCACUGCGACUACGAAGCCUUGUACGUGCAACAGCAGCAGCAGCAACAGCAAAGCUUCAAGCAGAACUGCUACUCCAACCAGUUCAAGCAGUCCAUCGUCUACUCCAGCAGCAAUGAGGAGCUCCAGGGCGGCGAGCCAGUAGCCUCCAGUUCGGGCGUCGAGAACCGCCAGACCACGUGCUACUACUUCGCGCCCAGCCGGCACAACAGCAUUUACGAGCACCCCUCCUCGGUGGUCGGAGGAUCCCUGCAGUUCGAUAAUCCCACGACCACAGCUGCGGCGGCGGCCGCCGUCGAGAGUCUGAGGCGGAGCAACAGCAUCCUGCUGCGCCAGAACAGCUGCGCCAAGGUCAUCCAGCGUCGCGGCAGUGGUAGCGGCUCACCCACCUCCCUGGGCUCCCAGAUGGAGGGACUGGGCAUGGGCAUGGGCGGCGGCGGAGCGGCAAGCGCCUGCUGCUCCAGCUGCUGCAUGGGUCCGCCUCCGGUGCUCUUCCUGUUCGUCACCCUGCUGAUGACCACCAGCGCCACGGCCAUGCUGUGCGCCGCCAUCAUGACCGACCACUGGGAGCACGUGACGUGGGACCGCAACAGCCUUGAUCGCUACUCGAACCGGUCGGGUCUGCACCUGGAGUGGCUGCUCGACGACCAGGUGGCCAUGCUCAAGCCGGACAAAAGGGCCGAUCAUCGCUUCCGGCGCGACUCCGUGUUCCUGGUGCCCAUGCACGGUGGCAUCUGGACGCUGUGCAUCGACCUGCCCAUUCAGCAGCUGCAGGAGCUGCGCCGCAAUCCCAAAUUCCCGCGCGGUGCUCCGCCGUGUGUCAACUACCUGGCCGGCUCCAUGGAGAACGCCCGCGGCGAGGAGCAGCGCAACGACUGGCAGCACAGUGAGUCACAGGUCACUCUGCAGCCGCAUCUGAGAAUGCAAAAUCUCUCCAUAUCCUGCUCAUUGGUCUGCCUCAUCAUUCUGGGCAGUGCUGCUCUUGUGGGAGCCUUUGGCGUCUGCCAGCGCCAAAUCAGCGCCAUACUGAUCACAGGGGUGAUGUAUCUACUGGCGGCUCUAUUUGCCCUCUUCACGCUGAUGAUCAUCCACUUCAAGCGGCAGCAGGGACGUCCAAUGCUGGACAGCGACUACGAUGGAACCGUGGAUGGAAUUGUGGCGCGACCAGGAGGAGUGGCCAUUAUGGCCAAGCCGCUACUGGGGGCACGCAUCUUCCUGACCUCUUGGAGCCUUGAUCUCGGAUGGGGCGGAGUGGUGCUGUGCGCCAUCACCUCCGUUCUGUGGAUCCUGCUCUCCAAGAUCAUGCGGUACAAUCCCUUCUCGGCGCUCAUGAUUUAGCUAAACGCCUUGCCGCUCGGCGUCUACGGAGCCAGCUACGGAAGCCUGGGCAGCUGCGAGAGCUACGGCAGCUACGGGAGCACCCACUCCCACGGCGGCACCAGUAGUGGCGGCAGCUCCAGUUUCCUCCUGGCGGCGGUCUCGUCGACGCGGCAAGCGGAGCACCGGGGCAAGGGCAAGUACAUCCUGUAGGCAAUGCCCAGCCCUGCUCCGAAUUCACUUUCAAACUAACUGGAUCUACAACCUUACUCAACUUAUUUGGGAAAAGCUUCCGAAGGCAUAAGUCUUGUAAUAUUUGAGAUAUUUGUAAAACUUGUAUAAUUUAGAAGACCAUUACAAACAAACUUAUUUCUAGCUUAUUUAAUGGAUUUAUCUUAAAGAAUUUGAGAAUUUUAAAGGUUUAAAGACUUUACAUUACAAAUUGAAGACCUUCGGAAAUGCAACCCCUUACUCCUAUGUAAACCUUCAUAUUAGUUAGCUAUGUUGGAAAUGUACCAAACUAAAAACUCAAUUGCCUUGUUCUUUAUAUAUACACACACACAAAUUAUACAACUUAAACUUGAACUUAUUCUUAUUGUACGAUGUACUUAACUUAUCUUAACUUAACCCAAUUGUAAAUUCAAUUUACACUCUAUAUUUACAAGUAAACCUUUUUGUAUACAUUCGAUUUGACUCUAUUUCUACACCACUCUAAACACCCCACUAAUCCUAGCUACAUGAGCAUGUAACAUGUAAAAUGUGAGACAUUUAUUUACACUAGACGAGCGAAAUGGGAAUCAUAAUUCCAACAAAAGGCUUUGGCUUUAAAGGGCUUUCUAGUAACAAUUCGCUUGCGUAGCGUUAAUCCAGCCCAAAAAUAGUUUUUUGGGUGUGCCAGUUGCUUGAAAUUAGACAAACUAACUGGAGAAAUGGUGACAUACAGAUGUCCGAAAAUCAGGUAGAAAAUAAAGUAACAACUGCUUGGAAUGUUUAUAGAACAGCUUGCUUGGAGAGGAUUAAAUCGUGAGAUGCCUCAGCUAACGCUUAGUUUCCCCGAUUGAAAGCCAUCCCUCCAGUUGGUUUAGUAGAAUUUUAGGGCUUGUCACAACAGCAUAAUGAAUUGUACAACUUUACGAGCACUUCUGGAGCUCCAGGGGUACAGUUUAAAUACGAGCAUAAUGUAAUGAGAUCAUUUAGUGCUUUAGAACAAAUGGUUUACAAAACGUAUUGUACUUGUAUAGAGGCCACCACAAACCGAACAAUAUGCUAGAAGAUUAAAAAAGUAUUUUUAUGCAAACGCUUUGCCUUAAAACAAAACAAA